AUGACUCCAGGGUCCACGUGCGCGUCGGUAGGAAGGAAUGGAACAUUUAAAUCUAACUGGAGUUCAGCAUUAGAUCUCAAGUCUGGAUCCACAGACAUUACCAAAAGCCAGCAAAUCAAAUGCAACAGAGAAUUUGAGCUUGACAGCAUAGACUCGGCGACGAAGGAAUGCUCAUCUACCGUCAACGAAGAGAACACAAGAAGUAAAAGAAUGAAGAAAAAGAUGCCAGUUAAAUCAGCUAGCAGACAACGUGGGAAUCGCAGAGUGAAGGCAAAUGACAGAGAAAGGCACCGCAUGCAUAAUCUGAACUCCGCCCUGGAUACUCUGAGAAGCGUGCUUCCAACUUUUCCCGAUGACGCGAAACUGACUAAAAUUGAGACUUUGAGAUUCGCGCACAAUUACAUUUGGGCAUUGUCGGAAACAUUGAGAAUUGCAGACCAUGUUCGACAAACUUCAAAUCACGAUCGGGAUCAGGAGAACCUCACUGUGCCAAAUGCUUGCUUGGAUUCGCGUUAUAGCGCAUCUAGCGCACGCGCGUCCAAAUGGCACUCCACAAACUCAUCAUCAAAUUGGCAAGAAACUCAAGGCUACUACGCUGACUUGUUACUAGAGGGAUUUAACUGCAAUUUCAAUUUUCAGGACAAUCUGACAUUUAAUCUGAUCUGCAAAUAG